GUUAUGCUAUUCGAAUUUGCAUUAUGUAACAGGGUCUAUAACCUGUAAAAAAUCUUCCUUUUGUAGGCUUUAAGAGAUAAAGAACAUUAUGUAAUUCUCGGUUUCAGUUUGGUUUUCUCUGUUUGCUAAAUGGCUGGCAGGGUGGUGAAGGUUUGGAGGUUAGGUAGGAUAAACUAUGGGGAUGCUCAGAAGGUGCAAACUGCUUUGGCGCAGCUCCACCAUUCCAGCCCCAACGAUGACACUCUCAACAGCAUGCUGCUGCUCGAGCACACACCUGUGUACACUGUGGGCAUCAGGAGGAAAGAUUACACAGAGGAUGAGGCGGAACGGCUGAGAGCUACAGGGGCUGAUUUCUAUGAGACCAAUCGUGGUGGUCUGAUCACUUUCCAUGGACCCGGUCAGCUUGUGGCCUAUCCCAUAAUCAAUUUGAGACAGUUCAAGGAGAGCAUGAGGUGGUAUGUCUGUCACAUCGAGAAGACCAUCAUUGAUCUGUGCAGGAAAUUCAGUUUGGAUGCAUCCACCUCUCCGCACACCGGCGUUUGGAUCGGCGACAAUAAAGUGUGCGCGAUUGGCGUGCACGGAAGUCGUUUCAUCACCACGCACGGUUUAGCAUUGAAUUGCAACGUCGAUCUGAAUUGGUUCAACAAUAUAGUUCCGUGCGGGAUAAUCGAUAAGGGCGUGACGAGUCUCUCGAAAGAAGCCAACGUCGAUAUUAGUGUAGAAUCUGUGAUACCCAAAUUCCUGGACAGUUUCUCCGACAUCUUCCGAUGUUCUUUCGUCGAGUUCCGGGAGGAGCAGAAGGACGAUCUGCUCACAAAACUGUGCAUCGAGAAGCCACGAGCCGACGAUUCGGUCAUCUUCGGGAGCAAACGCAAACAAAUCUAAUAUCUUUAUACGAAACAUUUAUU